GUGGAGGCGAAGAUUCUCUCACGAAGUGGACAGGUGAUCGCCAUGCGCGGAUUCUCCGCUGAUUGAGAGCCAUGUAAACGCUCUUUUUGGGUUUCAGAAUCACUCUCUAUUUUGCAGUCCAAGUGCCAGCACUCGAUGAAAACCCAAUCGGACUGAGCUGUAUUACGUAUUACAAAUAGGGCACUGAAUCGACAAUCUGUUGUUUCGGAAGCAGUUUGUCUCAGAAACCGUGAACCCUUUACUAGUAGUGGGUAGUAGGCGGGAGAUUUUGGAACGAUGCUGGGUCUGACGGCACGCGCACUUGGAAUUGUAUUGGCGAGGAGGUUUCCCUCGUCGACUGCACGGCGGAGGCGUCUGCUGGUCACCCGCUGCUCGGCAUUCGCGUGCCCCCCGAUGACCAGGAACUACUCCAAUGACAAGGGGCCAAAGGUCAAAUCGAGCCACCGCUCUGGAACGAUGGUUGAAGUGGCUCGAACCAUACGCGAGCAGUCCGGCGUGGACGUGGGCUACCACACCAUUCCGAAGGCGAGGGAUCACCUCCUGCAACACCAGCCCAAGCGGGAGGAGCUUCCCCGAACCAUGGCGGACUCCCACACCACUGCAGUUUUGCCCCUGAGUUCCAGUGAGCUGAUUCGCGAGAGCUACGUCAACCACCUGGGCAGGGUGAGACUGGGCAGGAUAAUGGAGGAGCUGGACAUGUUCGCCGUGUGGGUUUGCCACCGCCACGUAAAGCUGCCCAAGCUGCCCAAGGGAGUGCCUCUGCCCUACACCUUUGUCACCCUGCUGGUGGAUAAGGUGGAGUUCACCAACCUGGAGCGCCUGCAGGUCAACCAGGACAUCGAAAUCAGCGGACACAUCUCGUGGGCGGGCCGCAGCUCCAUGGAGAUCACCAUCUACGUGAAACAGCUGGCCCACGGCCAGUACAUCGAUGUGACCAAGGCCAUUUUUGUGAUGGUGGCCAGGAACGCCACCAACACGGGCCCAGCUCCCAUCAAUCCCCUGGAGCCGGGUGACGAAACGGAGAAGCAUAUUUGGGAGCAGGCUGAGAAGCGGCAGAAGCUACGCAAGUCGUCCGCCCAGGACUCCGUGCUCAACUCCCCUCCCAGGGAGCAUGAGCAGACCAUUAUGUACGAGAUCCUGAGGAGAACCACUCCGACCAACAGCAUGGACCUCAACAAGAGGGUUCUGCCCCCCAAGUGCCGCUGGAUGGAGGACUCGCUGCAGUCGACGAUGAUUGCUCCGUUCCCGGAGAACCGGAAUGCCCAGAACACCAUCUUCGGGGGCUACCUGAUGCGCCAGGCCGUGGAGAUCAGCUUCAUAAUGGCCAGCAUCUACCUGGGCGACCGGCCCACGCUCAAGUGCAUCUCGGACAUCAGCUUCAUGAACCCGGUGCAUGUGAACACGUUCCUGCAGCUCACCGCGUACGUGGUUUAUGCCGCGCAGAACUACGUCCAGCUGAUGACCGUGGCCCAGAUUUGGGACGCCAAGAGCGGCAAGGUGCAGACCACCAACGUCUUCUAUCUGACCUACAAGGCCGACAAGGUCCUCGACGAGGUGCUGCCGCGAUCCUACCGCGAGAUGCUGUGGUACGUUCAUGGGAGGAGGAAACUCCUGGCCGCCCUGAACUUGCAGCCGGAGUACCCCGACCCCAUCGAGUUGCCAAAAGAGAGUCCUAGAAGUAUCUCUACUUAGUUCUAGGAUCUGGUCUAGGAUAAAUUUAAAUUAUAGCCUAGUUGGAAGCCUAUUGCUGCAAUAUCGACUUUAUCAUAGGUAUUCUAAUAUUUAGCCUAUUUAUCUUCUUAGUUCAAAUAAAAAAACCUUACUUUUGACUCAAUAAAUUAAAUGAAAUUUA